AUGUGGCCUCAAGAAUUUAUAGAGUUGAAGCAUAUAGAAAAUUUAUUGGUUUGUGGGAUAUGUUACGAAUUCAUGGAUACAUCUGUUAUAACAUCAUGUUCUCAUAGCUAUUGUUCUUUAUGUAUUAGAAAGUAUUUACAUUAUAAAACACAAUGUCCUGUAUGUUUUGCAGAGACUUUCGAGAAGGAUUUAAGGAAAAAUAAAGUGCUUGAUGAAAUUAUAACACAUUUUUCACAAAUUAAAGAUAAAUUAAAGAGAUCUUUACAAAUUCAGAUUCAGUUUACAAAAUUUAAUGAAACUGACUAUAAAAAUAAAGAUGUAUAUAUAAAUAAAGAAGAAGAUAAAACUGCUUGUAAUAAAAUUAGUAAUAAUAUUAGUAAUAUUAUUAAAAUCAGUAGUAAUAUUCCUACUUUAAAAAAUAACACAUCACCAUCAAUAAAUAUACAUAAAGAUGCAUCUAGUCCUGGCACAAGUGGGAUACAUAAAAUACCAUUAAUUUUCACUCCUAAAAGUAGCAAACGCCCAAUUACAACAAAUUUAGAAGAAAGUAAAGUCGUAAUGUGUCCAGUAUGUAAAGUUACAGUUUGUGAAUUGAAUAUAAACAGACAUCUUGAUGAUUGUCUGAAAAGAGAAUCAAUGAAAGAGAAGCCACAAAUAACAGCAUCAACACGUAAACCAUUGCCAAAGUUAGUUUUUAAUUUAAUGAAAGAUGCUGUAUUAAAGAAAAAAUUAAAAGAAUUUGGUUUGCCAACAAACGGGGAUCGGAGAGUUUUGGAAACGCGAUUACAAAGAUAUAUUGUUCUGUAUAAUGCAGAAUGUGAUAAAUCUAAUCCACGACCGGUUUCAGAAUUAAUAAAACAAUGCGACGAGGAAGAAAAUCUCGAGAGAAAAAUUAAUAAAACGCUUUUCUUAAAUAAGUUACAAGUGACUAGAAAUACAGAACAAAAUGUUGUAGAAGAAGAGCGAAAAAAAUAUUUGGAAGCACACAAAGAUAGUUUUGAAAGUUUAAUUGAGGCAAUCAAAAGUGUUGGUUCUUCAAAGAAAUCAUCAGUACGCCGUAGUUUAUUACACGAACGCAUUCAAAACAAUGAAGAAAUUCCACAGAAACGUCAAGUAAUAGCUAAAAAUUUGGAUGAUUCAAUAAUCUGUACUGAAAAAGAUAACUCUGUGUCUUUCAAUUCUGCUGUAUAUAUUCCAGACUCUGAUUCUGAUACUUCUUGUCCAUUACAAAUGUAUUCUAGUACUGAUCCAAAAGCAUUUCUUAAUAUAGAAUUAUCUCCUGCUAGUAAUGCUUUACGGAGUAAGACUCAAAUAAGUGACCAAGAAAAUGUUGAUCGGGAAGAAUCUAUGUUAGCUAAUUGUUCAUCUAUAAAAAUAAAUAAUAUAGGACAAGAUGAUAAUUCAGAUGCAUGUAGUGAUACAUCUGUGUAUAAUAACUCAACACAGUCAGUAACAGAAAAUAAAUUUUUUAAAGAUACAUUAAAAAAUGAUUCUAAAAAUUCAUCUAGUACUCCUAGAUAUAAAAAAUUAUUACAAACAAAGGAGAAAUCAUCUUUAAAAGAUGAAAUUAAACAAAUGGAUUCUAUUGAUACAUGUAGAAAAGAUCUUGAUACUAAUAAUACUUCAGAUCAAGAGGAAGAGGAAAAUGCGGAAUCAGCAUCUAUCGUGCAUGAUAUGCUACGUGAUUUAUCAUCGAAUUAUAGUAUUAACAGUAAACUUAAUCAUGGCAAAUUACAUUCUACUAACAGUGGAUUUUUAAAUAGUACACUUAAUGAUUCAAAUUUGGAAAAAGAUGAUAUAAGUUCUUCUCCUGAAUGUAGUACAAAUCGUUCUCUUCGAAAGAGAACGUGUGAUUCGAUGCAAACUGAUAGUAAAUUCAUAUCAAAUAGAAAGAAAAGAAUUAAAAAAUCAUUUCGUUCCAACUCAGUUGAAAUUAAAGAAUCAAAUAACGAAGAACCUUUAUGUACCUUAAACGAUAAAAAAAUGGAUUGUUUACAAAAUAAACCACAAUUGAGAAAAAAACUGUUAAAUAUUACAGAAGAUACAAAUAUCCCACGAAAAUCUACUAGAAAAAAGCUUAUAAAUAAUGAUCCAUAA